CCGAAGACGCAGGGGAUCGAGACCCCGCCCCCCGCAGCAGGACCAGACCCGGCGCGGCGCCCUUUAUUCCCAGACCCGGAAGAACCUGAGUUCACUCCUUUGUUCCUUUCUUUCAUAAGUGGUUAACCAAAUAAACGAACGUUAACCCACGCCUUGUUUGAUCCAUCUCCUCGGGAAACCUCAGCCGCCGACGAUCGGGGUUGCCACAGUGGUGGGGAAUGCAGGCAACGCGAUCCCACGGCAGACCCUAGAGGACCAUGAGUCAACCCGGAGUCCCGGCCGCGACGCGGGAGGAGGAGAUCGAGGUGCUGCGGCGAUGCAUGGCCCGGAUGGCUGAGCAGCUCGCACGGGAGCCGUCCCACGCCGCCCCCACGAAGCGGCUCACCAAACUGGGACCGGACGAUGACGUUGAGGCCUACCUGGAGAUUUUUGAGCGGACCGCGGCCCGUGAGAGGUGGCCAGCGGACCAGUGGGGCUACAUACUGGCGCCUUUCCUGUCCGGGGACGCUCAACGCGCCUACCGCGACCUCAGCACGGCCCAGGCGGCGCACUACCCCACGCUCAAGCGGGCCAUCCUCGCCCACUACGGCCACAGCCUCCCAGCCCAGGCGCAGCGGUUCCACGACUGGGUGUACGACCCCCUGGGCUCGGUGAGGAGCCAGGUAUCACAACUCGUCCGCCUGGCGGAGCGGUGGCUCGUCGAGGGGGAGGGUCCCCCGCACCUGGACCGGCUGGUGAUCGACCGCUGCAUCCGAGCCCUGCCCACCGGGGCCAAACGCUGGGCCUCCGGAAACCAACCCAGGACGGUGAACGACCUCGUGGAGCUACUGGAGAACCACCAGGUCACCCAGCGGCUGUGCGGCGGGGCGACCCCGGCCCCGGGGGGGGCGGGGGAGACGCGGACCGAGCGGCGCGGACGGACGCCGGAGAGCCAGCGCACCCAGGCACCGCCCACCCGCGCACCCGCCUACCCGAACCAGACCAUCGCGGACCGCCGAGGGCCCGCCCCUCCGACCCAGAGAGAGGAGUGGAGGUGCUACACGUGCGGCCAAACGGGCCACCUGGCCCGCCACUGUCCCGGAGCCGGAGACGUAUCCAUGCCCACGGCCAGUCCGUCCGACAGGAGAGGGGGGGCCUGCCUCCGCACCACCUGCGGGUCCCACGAGAGGACCGACACCCCCAGCCUACCGGUCCGCGUGGGGAGGCACGACACCCACGCCCUGCUCGACUCCGGGAGCGUGGUUACGCUGGUCCGACCCCCUCGGACCCGACCCCGCCGGCUGCGUAGCCGGCCCGCCUAUAUGGCCUCCCACCCGACGCCUUCCCGGUCCGACUCGAACGAGUCCCCCGACAGGGCCCCGAGAGAGGCGGCACGACAGGCCCCCGCCUCGUCCACGGUGUCCCUUCCCCCGGGGACCCCGGACACGUUGACGGGCUCCGAGCAGGCCCCUCCGCCAGACGAGGAGGAGUCUCCGCCCCUCAUCGACUUCACCGACUACCCCCUGGCCGACGGGGGAGGACCCGGCAAGGGAGGACAGUUCGCCACCGCCCAGCUGGAGGACGACGCCCUCCGCCACGCCUGGGGACACGUCCAGGUCCACGAGGGCCUCUCGCGGGACUCGGUGAGUGACAGGCGGUACCCACACUUCAGCACAAGGGGGGGGUUACUAUACCGGGUGGUACAGAGAGGGGGUAAGGAGGUAGAACAGUUGCUCGUUCCAAGGCCGUACGUCAGCAAGGUCCUCUACAUGGCCCAUACACACCUAUUGGGGGCUCACCUGGGGGUGGACAAGACGAGGGACAGAAUCCUGGACCGAUUCUUCUGGCCGGGGGUAAAACGGAACGUAGAGGACUACUGCCGGGCGUGCCCCGAGUGCCAACACACCGCCCCGAGGCCCACGGUCCGGAACCCCCUCAUACCGAUGCCGCUGAUAGAGGUCCCGUUCGACCGGCUGGGGCUAGACAUCGUAGGUCCCCUCCCCAAGACUAGUCGAGGUCACCGCUAUAUCCUAGUCAUGGUGGAUUACGCCACACGGUACCCAGAGGCAGUUCCUCUACGGGCCGCCACCGCCAAGGCAGUGGCGAGGGAGCUAAUGGUCUUAUGCAGCCGGGUGGGAAUCGUCCGGGAGAUCCUGACGGACCAGGGGUCCUGUUUUAUGUCCCGGGUGUUGAAAGGCCUCACCAGUCUGUUACAGAUCCGCCACCUCCGGACCUCCGUCUACCAUCCCCAAACCGACGGGUUGGUGGAGAGGUUUAACAAAACCCUGAAGUCCAUGCUAAAAAAGGUCAUGGAAGCCGAUGGGAAGAAUUGGGACCAGCUGCUUCCGCAUGUCCUAUUCGCCGUUCGAGAGGUGCCCCAGGCCUCCACGGGAUUCUCGCCGUUCGAGCUCCUCUACGGCCGGCGACCAAGAGGGCUGCUCGACAUCGCCCGGGACGCCUGGGAGAGCCAACCAUCACCCCACCGCACCGUUGUCGAGCAUGUGGAGCAGAUGCGCGGCCGGAUGGCGCAGAUCUGGCCCGUGGUCCGGGAACACCUCGGUCGGGCCCAGCAAGCCCAAGCCCGGGUGUACAACCGAGGGGCCAAGCUCCGCACCUUCAACCCGGGGGACCAGGUGCUGGUCCUCGUCCCGACUGCUGAGUGUAAGUUCCUGGCCAAAUGGCAAGGCCCCUACGACGUCAUCGACCGCGUCGGCGAAGUCAACUACCGGGUGCGGCAACCAGGGAGGCGCAAGACCAUCCAGGUCUACCACAUCAACCUGCUGAAGCAGUGGCACCCACCAACCGCCCUGCGGGAUCCAGCCCUCCUGUCCCUAUCCGCCCAACUACCCCUGCCCGAGGUACCAGUGGGGGACCAGCUGAGCCCCAGCCAGUCCCAGGACCUGAAGGAAGUGGUCCUCCAGCACCUCGACGUCUUCUCGGAGCGGCCCGGAAGGACCGCGACCGUCAGCCACGACAUCAAGACGGAACCGGGAGUCAGAGUCCGACUCCGGCCCUACCGCAUUCCGGAGGCACGGCGGGCCGCCAUCCGAGCGGAAGUCACCAGCAUGCUGCAGAUGGGGAUCAUCGAGGAGUCCCACAGCGCCUGGUCCAGCCCGGUGGUCCUGGUCCCCAAACCGGACGGGUCGUACCGCUUCUGCAAUGACUUCCGGAAGCUGAACGAAGUGUCGGCCUUCGACGCCUACCCCAUGCCCCGCAUAGACGAGCUAAUAGAGCGGCUGGGGCCGGCCCGGUUCAUUACCACCCUGGACCUGACGAAGGGGUACUGGCAGGUCCCUCUCACUCAGCGGGCCCGGGAGAAGACAGCAUUUGCCACCCCCGACGGGCUGUACCAGUACACGGUCCUCCCGUUCGGGGUGCACGGGGCGCCCGCGACCUUCCAGCGCAUGAUGGACCGGGUCCUACGGGCCCACAGGGAAUAUGCCGCCGCCUACAUAGACGACAUCGUCAUCCACAGCAGCACCUGGGACCGGCACCUACAUCACCUCCGUGCCGUCCUGGGAGCGCUCCGAGCCGCCGGCCUCACGGCCAACCCCAAAAAGUGCCACCUGGGCCUCGAAGAGGCGUCCUACCUGGGCUACCGGGUGGGGAGGGGCAGCGUAAAACCGCAAGAGGAGAAGGUGCAGACCAUCCAGACCUGGCCCCGGCCGAGGACGAAGAAACAGGUGAAGUCGUUCCUGGGCCUGGUGGGAUAUUACCAGCGCUUCAUCCCGGCGUUCGCGACCCUGGCCAGCCCCCUCCACGAGUUGACGCGGAGGGCUCUGCCUGACCGGGUCGAGUGGACAGAGGAGGUCGACGAGGCGUUCUUGUCCCUCCGACGGGCCCUCUGCACCGAGCCCCUCCUGAUCACCCCGGACUUCAACCUCCCCUUCGUCGUCCACACCGACGCGUCCGAGGUGGGCCUGGGAGCGGUCCUAUCCCAGGUCCGGUCGGGCGAGGAGCACCCGGUGACCUACAUCAGCCGGAAACUCCUGACCAGCGAGAAAGCCUACUCGACCGUAGAAAAGGAGGCGCUGGCUAUAAAGUGGGCCGUGGAGAAGCUCCGCUAUUACCUCCUCGGACGCACCUUCACCCUGGUCACAGACCACGCCCCCCUGAAGUGGAUGGCCACGGCCAAGGACACCAACGCCCGGGUGACGCGCUGGUUCCUGGCCCUGCAGGACUACCACUUCCAGGUGGUCCACCGGCCCGGACGCGCACACGCCAACGCAGACGCACUGUCCCGGAGGGACGCCUGCCUAGGCCUAUGCCGGGCAGACCCCGACUUGCAGCUGAGGGGGGGGGUGUGUGGCAACCCCGAUCCCACGGAGGAGUUCGAGCCCCGCCAGCGCCCUCUCCGCGGGCAGGUAGUCAGGGGGAGAUAUGUGCCGCUCGGCGCAGCGAUGCGGGAGGGAGCAUCGAGCGCACCCGCGCAAUCACGGAGAUGCGGAGCACCCGGCGGAGCAAGACAGCGGAGGGGACUUAACGGCCGCGUGGACACCAGUCAGGAGAACGCGACCGAACGGGAAAGACGCAGCGGGUGGAGAUUACCCGAACCCCCGCUAAUGCCAAUACGCUUCCCCCCCGGACUAAGCCGCCGAAGACGCAGGGGAUCGAGACCCCGCCCCCCGCAGCAGGACCAGACCCGGCGCGGCGCCCUUUAUUCCCAGACCCGGAAGAACCUGAGUUCACUCCUUUGUUCCUUUCUUUCAUAA